UCCACGAUGCCCACGUACGAGCUAUCGGUUAUCUUGCGCCAAAUGUCUAGGCCCGACAUGGUUUCCACCCUGAAACGGACCGCGACAGCUAUUUUUGACAAAGGAGGCGUUAUUCGCAAGCUGGACAACUUGGGUACCAAACCAUUGCCAUUCAAGACCAGUGCGCACGGUGUGGUACAUCGGACGGGAUCAUAUUUUGUGUUCAAGUUUGACACACCUCCCGCCGCUAUCGACGACCUGGAUGAAGAGUAUGGGCGCGAUGUGGACAUAAUCCGGAAGCGUAUCUAUCGGGCGGAUGUUUCACAACAGGAAGAUAUUACCUGCACGCUGCACGAAGAGAUGCUACCACCGGCGUACCGCAAGGAUGUGCAGAAGAUGAUUGCGAUGGCCGACCGUAAUAAGACUAAGAAGGUGUUCCAGUACAACACGGGAUUGGAUUACUAUCCUUUCCAGAAGUAAUG